UCCGGCUGAAAGUCAACAGCCAUCGCAUCUGUUAUCAUUUGAACUGUGUGUUUCGUCUUUUCACAUUUCCCAGUGUUAAAAAUUAAUGAUUUGCCCAUUAUUCUCCAAAUUUCCUCUCGAAUAUUGUGUGUGUUGUAUGUUUUAUCACGAUGGCAGAUAUGAACUCGAUUUUUAAUUCCAUCAACUUUUGUCUACUAGAAGACCGACUUGAGACUUACAAGAAAUGGCAGUUUGGCAAUGAUGCUCCAUGCAGUGCUAGUAAGAUGGCUGAAGCAGGAUUUUAUCAGCCUAACCCCCUAGGAGAGCCGGGCCUUGUCAAGUGCUUUAUCUGCUUGAAAGAGCUGGAUGGUUGGGAGAUCAAUGAUGAUCCAUGGAAAGAACACGAAUCUCAUCAAAGCUCAUGUCUGUUUAUUAAAAAAAAGAAGACAGAAAAUGAACUAACGUUAGAGGAGCUAUUAUUCAUGUUGCAAGGAAGUAUUUUGCAAUCACUGGAAAAAACUCAUGCUGAGCAGAAGGAGAACUUAACAAAUAAUUUUGAAGAAGUUCUCAAAACACUCGAGAAGAAAUGGAAGAAAAAAAAAUAGAUGAACCCAUCUCAUAUCCAUCUUAUAAACCCAUCUUAAAAUAUUUCAUUUUAAGUCCACGUAUUAAAACCUGUAUGAAUGUCUUCAUUUUAAGUCUAUGUAUUAUUACCUGUAUAAUAUGCAAUAGGAGGUAGUAUUACACACCCGCAAUGCAGUGUCAGAUCUGUGGCUUUCAGUCCAUUCAUGUGGACCAGGAGUCUCGUAAUUUUUUUGUCCGCCACAAGUAAAAUCUGAUGAGCCUUUUAUUCUCCUGAGAGCCAAUCAUCUGAUUUUCAAGAUAGAAUGGCAGACAUAUGGCACUGGAUGAAAAUUAAUCCUGUAAUUUCAGUUCCACCUUUUCGUAAACCAGGAGGUGGCUGGGAAUGGAGUCUCAAACCAGCAUUGUAUUGAUGGAAGUCAAUCCUUAUGCUGUUUUUGUCUUUAAUUUGUCAACUGUAUAUUUUGCUGUAUAUUUAACUGUAUAUAUAACUAUUUUUCGCAAUAAGGAACUAA